CUGCUUGCGGAAGCAGCUCGGGCAGAACAGGCGCCCUUCUCGCCUUGGCAGUGAUGUCGCCGGCAGCGGUGGAAGCCGGGCCCGCACGACUCGUUCGGUCCGCCCAGAAGGACGAGCUCUAUCGAGGGGCGCUGAGAAGCGGGGCUGGGGCUGCCUUGGGGGGCCUGGCAGGUGCUAGAAUUUGGUUGGAGUGGCAGAAGGAAAUUGAGUUGUUUGCUGAUAUAGCAUAUUUCACACUCACAACCCUUUCAGGUUACCAAACUCUUGGUGAAGAAUAUGUCAAUAUUAUCCAAGUGGACCCAUCGCGGAAGAGAGUUCCUUCAGUACUUCGACGGGCUGUCCUGAUUUCCUUGCACACUGUCUUCCCUUACUUGUUAGACAAAGGAUUAGUACACCUGGAACAUGAACUUCAGACAGAACCCGAUGAGAUGAGGACUUUGCAAAGCAGACAUUUGCGUGGAUUGUGGGGAAGGACUUUCUUGUGGCAUUGGUUACAGAAAUGGCUUGGCAGAUUAACAGAGCAGCAGAGGAAGAUGCUCUGUCAGGUUGUCCAUUUUCUCAGGCAAGGCAUUCCACUCCUUCGUAGGCUGCACCUGGCCAUCUUCUAUAUGAAUGGCAUUUUCUACCACCUAUCUAAAAGGAUGUCAGGGAUCACAUAUCUGCGCUAUGCAGGAUUAGAUGGAGACAACCAGCAUGUUCGAUCAAGUUACAGGCUUCUUGGGAUCCUUUCAGUGCUGCACCUGGCACUAACAGUUGGUAUCCAUGCAUACAGCUUCCAACAGAGGCAGAGGGCAAGACAAGAAUGGAAGGUACACCGUAACCUCUCCUACCCAAGAACCCAGCCUGAGGAGAAGCUCCUUGGCCGAAGCUCUCGCUGCAUUCUGUGCUUAGAAGAACGCCGCCAUGCUACAGCCACUCCGUGUGGACACCUCUUCUGCUGGGAAUGCAUCACUGAGUGGUGCAACACAAAGGCUGAGUGCCCACUGUGCAGAGAGAAAUUCCAUCCACAGAAGCUGAUUUAUCUGCAACACUAUCGAUAACAGCCACCUGUGCAGCUGUUAGAUUGCAAAGUGUUAGGAACCAACAAAAAUACUACAGCUUUUGACCAAGUGUAAAACUUUAUUUUGAUAUAUUAAAUUGCUGUGAUAAAAUUGAGCAGCUAAACACUUGAGUUGCACUGCCUGUACAAGGAGAUAUGAACUUGUCAUCUUACAAAACAAACUUCUGGUGUUGAUCCUUUUUCUUUGUAGAACAAAGCACACAAAUCUACCUAAAUUCUGGUAUAACCCUUUUAAGUGUUGGCGGACAUCUGCUAGACCUACCACUAGUGUUCUCAUGACACUGUAACUCGUUGACGUUCAUGAAGCUGAAUGUUGGAGGAUUCGGGAUAAAAGAAAGUACUUCUUCACACAGCACAAAGUUAAAACGUUGGAAUUUGCUCCCAAAAGAGGCAGUGAUGGCCAGCAAUUUGGGUCGCUUUAAAAGAGAAUUAAGACAAAUUCAUGGGGGAUAAGGCUAUCAAUGGCUACUAGCCACAAUGCUUAUAUUCUGCCUCUGUGAGUGGAGGCAGUAUGUUUCUCAAUACCAGUUACUGGAAAAUGGAGGGGAGCGUGCACUUGCCUUCAGGUCCUGCUUACAGGCUUCCCAGAGGCAUCUGGUUGGCCACUGAGAGCAGAAUGCUGAACUCGAUGGGUCUAUGACCUGAUUCAGCCAGGCUAUUCUUAUGGGAAACUACAUUCUCUGAGAGGUAGUAGCUUAAUAAGAACAUUUUACCAUUCCAAAAGAUACUAGGGCAUGCAUGUGGAAAUUAAUUUUGAGUUUUAAGUGUGCUGCUAAAAUCCCCUAUGCCUAAUAAAUUAUAGCUGUU